UAUCGCUCUAACAGAACGGUCGAAAUUCUUCACGAAGUCAGUGGUGUUGCUAGAGCUGGAAGACUAUUGGCGAUAAUGGGAAGCAGUGGAGCUGGAAAAACAACAUUAUUAAAUGUGCUAACAUCAAGAAAUCUUUCUGGAUUGGACGUUAACGGUUUUGUGACCGUUGACGGGGAUCGAGUAAGCAAAUGGAGGAUGAAGGAGAUAUCGGCAUUUGUUCAACAACAUGACAUGUUUAUUGGGACAUUGACAGCACGUGAGCACCUACGAUUUAUGGUCAGUUUGAGAAGCUACACAAUAAGCAGUAUAGCGCAGACUAGUCUGGCGUUUCAGAUGGGCCUACUGGGUUGCGCUGAUACAAAGAUUGGAACUCCGGAUUCAAUAAAAGGCCUGUCAUGCGGAGAACAGAAGCGUCUCUCUUUCGCCUCUGAGAUUCUGACAUGUCCGAGAAUACUAUUUUGCGAUGAGCCAACGUCAGGCUUAGAUGCUUUCAUGGCAGGACGUGUCGUAGCGUCUUUACGAGAACUGGCGGAUGGCGGAAUGACGGUGGUUAUCACUAUUCAUCAGCCAAGCAGUCAGGUCUUUUCACUUUUCAAUGAUGUUUGCCUCAUGGCAUGCGGUCGAAUCAUUUAUCUUGGACCUAGUGAAGAAGCAACUCCACUAUUUGAAAGAUGUGGCUUUCCUUGUCCGGAUUACUGUAAUCCAUCAGAUCAUCUCAUUCGGACGCUUUCCGUCAUCGUUGGACAACGACGUUCUUCACUGAAGACCAUUUCUAAAAUUCGAAAUGCAUUUCGUCAGACCCCUCAAGGAAGGCUAGUGCAAGAAAUUAGUGAAAGAAAGGUUCGAUUCAGAGUGAACCAUUUUUUCAGAUAUCCGGCAUCGUUUUGGGCUCAGACGAAAGCACUGACUUGGAGAGCUUGGUUGACGGUGAUUAGAGACCCAAUGUUGCUGAACAUCAGACUUCUACAAACUGUGAUCAUUGCCGUCUUAACUGGGAUGGUUUAUUUCCAAACGGCAGUCAGAGCUGAUACGGUUAUUUCCAUAAAUGGAAUACUCUUCAAUCAUGUACGCAACCUGAACUUUAUGCUGCAAUUCCCUGCUGUUCCGGCCAUCACGUCUGAACUGGCUAUUGUAUUUCGUGAGAACUCGAAUGGAAUUUAUAGUUCAUCGUCGUAUUUUAUUGGGAAGAAUCUCGCCGAGCUGCCAGAAUACAUCAUUCUUCCAACCAUCUACAAUCUGAUUGUUUACUGGAUGUCCGGAUUAGUUCCAAACUUGUGGACAUUCUUAUUCGCGUCUCUCAUCUGUGCUCUUUUGACGAGUGUCGCCAUUUCAGUUUCAUAUGCCGUUGCGACCCUUUUCGAGCGAACUGACGUCGCGAUGACAUUUCUGCCCAUCUUCGUAGUCCCAAUGCUGGCAUUUGGAGGAUUCUUCAUCACCUUCGAAUCUAUUCCUAGCUAUUUCAAGUGGCUAUCUGCUCUGUCCUAUUUCAAGUAUGGUUAUGAAGCCCUCGCAAUAAAUGAAUGGGAGGUCAUAGACAAAAUUCCAGGUAGGUGUUUACGAUAA